GGUCUUCAAAAAAAGGUUCAGAAUAGGUCGCUGCGGAAUCGAAUACUUGAAGCUUUCGAUCUGAGAAGCAGAAGAAGAGGUGAAAUGGCUAUGGCUAGCUUGGCGAGACGGAAGGGCUUCCUUUUGUCCAGGAAUCUCUCCUCGGAGACCCUCAAGUAUUCGUUCUCACUCGCCUCCUUUUCCCGGGGCUUUGCUUCGCGAUCGGAUGAUAACGACGUCGUCGUAGUUGGUGGUGGUCCUGGUGGCUAUGUCGCCGCCAUUAAAGCCGCUCAAUUGGGUCUUAAGACCACUUGCAUAGAGAAGCGUGGGACCCUUGGUGGUACCUGCCUUAACGUUGGAUGCAUCCCCUCCAAGGCAUUGUUGCAUUCUUCACAUUUGUACCAUGAGGCCAAACAUUCAUUCUCCAGCCAUGGAGUCAAGUUUUCAUCUGUUGAGGUUGAUUUGCCAGCCAUGAUGGCGCAAAAAGAUAAAGCGGUUUCUAAUCUUACUCGAGGUAUUGAGGGUUUAUUCAAGAAAAACAAGGUAAACUAUGUCAAAGGAUAUGGCAAAUUUGUUUCUCCUUCUGAAGUUUCUGUGGACACCAUUGAUGGUGGAAAUACUGUGGUGAAAGGGAAGAAUAUCAUAAUUGCCACUGGGUCAGAUGUGAAAUCUCUACCUGGUGUUGCCAUUGAUGAAAAGAAAAUCGUUUCGUCAACAGGUGCUCUUGCUCUUUCAGAAAUCCCCAAGAGACUUGUGGUCAUCGGAGCAGGCUAUAUUGGGCUUGAAAUGGGUUCAGUGUGGGGCCGACUUGGCUCUGAGGUAACUGUUGUUGAGUUUGCACCGGAUAUUGUUCCCACAAUGGAUGGGGAGAUGCGGAAGCAGUUUCAACGUACUCUUGAAAAGCAAGGCAUGAAAUUCAUGCUCAAGACUAAGGUGGUAGGAGUUGAUACUUCAGGUGAUGGAGUGAAACUGACUCUCGAACCAGCAGCUGGCGGUGAUCAGACUUCAUUGGAAGCAGAUGUUGUUCUCGUAUCUGCUGGUAGGACUCCAUUCACAUCUGGACUAGGGUUGGACAAGAUAGGUGUCCAAACUGACAAGGCAGGAAGAAUUCUAGUGAAUGAAAGAUUUGCCACCAAUGUCUCUGGUGUUUAUGCAAUUGGAGAUGUAAUUCCUGGUCCAAUGUUGGCACACAAAGCAGAAGAAGAUGGAGUUGCUUGUGUAGAGUACAUAGCUGGUAAGGUGGGUCAUGUGGACUAUGACAAAGUCCCAGGGGUUGUCUACACACACCCUGAGGUUGCAUAUGUUGGAAAGACAGAGGAGCAAGUGAAAGAACUCGGUGUCCCAUACCGUGUCGGGAAGUUCCCUUUCCUGGCCAAUAGCAGGGCUAAGGCUAUUGAUGAUGCUGAAGGAUUGGUGAAGAUAUUGGCUGAAAAAGAAACAGACAAGAUAUUGGGGGUGCAUAUUAUGGCACCCAAUGCAGGAGAGCUUAUUCAUGAAGCAGUGAUAGCAUUACAGUAUGAUGCUGCUAGUGAGGACAUAGCACGGGUUUGCCAUGCGCAUCCAACAAUGAGCGAGGCAGUGAAAGAAGCUGCCAUGGCCACUUUUGACAAGCCCAUUCACAUUUGAAGAGCUUCUUUACAGGCCAAAACAAAAGAGCUGGUUUCCACUUCAUUACUCUUGUUUUCAAUUUUGCCCAUGAAUUUUAGAGUUAAAUGGAGGAGAUUCCAUUGUGUGUGUGUGUGGGUGUUCUCAGCGAAUCUAGGUGUUUAAAUACGAAUUAGCUCCAACCUCAAUGCAUACUGAGAGAAUGGUUGUGUUGCUUCUUACUUAUGCUUGAAUAAAUUCUCUCAAUUUCCUGUCUA